GUUGACUUGGAACCAGAAUUAAGCAUAAAUUUACAACAGGAGGCGGAAGGACAAGAAACUAUACAAUUAUCAGAAGAAAAUGUAAACCCUGGCAAAAUUAAGUUGGGUCAAGAUUUUGAAUUGAAGAAAGUUUUAGGCAAAGGUGGUUAUGGCAAAGUAUUUCAGGUGCGCAAAACUUCUGGUCGUGAUGCUAAUAAAUAUUUUGCCAUGAAAGUUUUGAAAAAAGCCUCAAUAGUCACAAAUCAAAAAGAUACAGCACACACUCGUGCUGAACGUAAUAUAUUAGAAGCUGUAAAACAUCCAUUCAUUGUAGAAUUAGUUUAUGCCUUUCAAACGGACGGUAAAUUAUAUUUGAUUUUAGAAUAUUUAAGUGGUGGCGAAUUAUUUAUGCAUUUAGAACGCGAAGGUAUUUUCCUAGAAGAUACAACAUGCUUUUAUUUAAGUGAAAUUAUAAUGGCUCUGGGUCAUUUACAUAAAUUAGGCAUCAUAUAUCGUGACUUAAAACCAGAAAAUAUUUUGCUAGAUGCUCAAGGUCAUGUAAAACUAACAGAUUUUGGUUUGUGCAAGGAACAUAUACAGGAAGGCAUAGUUACACAUACUUUCUGUGGCACCAUAGAAUAUAUGGCUCCAGAAAUUCUUACACGCCGUGGUCAUGGUAAAGCAGUAGAUUGGUGGUCCUUGGGUGCUUUAAUGUUUGACAUGUUGACUGGUGUGCCACCCUUCACUGCAGAAGAUCGUAAAAAAACAAUAGAGACUAUUUUAAAAGCUAAACUUAAUUUGCCUGCUUAUUUAACACCUGAAGCUAGAGAUUUGGUGCGUCGGUUAAUGAAACGACAAGAGUCCCAACGUUUAGGUAGCGGCCCUGAAGAUGCUGCAGCAGUUCAGGCUCAUCCCUUCUUUAAGCAUGUAAAUUGGGACGAUGUACUUGCUAGACGUUUGGAUCCACCAAUUAAACCUCUAUUGCGCAGUGAAGAUGAUGUAUCUCAAUUUGAUACUAGAUUUACUAGACAAAUUCCUGUAGAUUCACCAGAUGAAACAACUCUUAGCGAAAGUGUCAAUUUAAUUUUCCAAGGUUUCACAUAUGUAGCGCCAUCAAUUCUAGAGGAAAUGCAAAGAGCUAACCGUAUGCCAGCCCGUUCACCUAGACGUACACCAAGACAAGCACAUGAUGGUUCCUAUCGAUUACAAUAUCCCUUAGCUCCGAGAGGAAUUUACGCACGAGCUACGCCGCCACAUUUGCAAGCUUUCCCACCACGUCCCUCGCCCCAGGACGAAAUGAUGGACGUGCAAGGUUUACCUAUGUCGUAGUGCGUACAUAAAAGCAGCUGUAACUGCUCCUCCAAAAGCCAUCAAAAAUUCAUCAAAGGCAAUGGUUAAAGGCGUUUGAAAUGCUGACUAUAUAAAUACUAAAAGUAAUGUUAACUACACAUAUAUUAAACAAACAACAUAAAAUCGGAUGAUUAUAAAAUAAAAACAGAAUGAAACAAAAGGAAAAAUAAAGAAAAACAUAUUAAAAAUUUAUAAGAUAAUGAUAAUUGAUGAUUGAUUGAUUACAUUUAAUAAUACAAAAAUUAAUGUUAAUGUUAUUUUUGUUUUUUAAUGAAGUAGAAAUUAAAAAGUAAAAAAUAUGUAAACCGAAAUUGGUUAUGGUAAAUGUAAUGCGGCGGUGUGUUGAUAAAAAAAUACAGAAAGAAAAAAAUUAAACUUUACACCAUUUUCUAUUGCAAAAAAAAAUCAAAUUGGACUUCAAUUCAAGCUAAUUUUUACAAUGCCAAAGAAAAAUCUAUUUGUAUUUGUUAGAAAUUGCUUUCAGCGCGACUUUGUUGCUAACAUUACAGCAAACAACAAGCUUUGUAUUACCUUUAAUAGAAGAUCAUGAAUGUACAGUUUUUAAUACCUACAAAAUGAAAACAUUUCACAUUUAAUUUUUUUAAUUAAUUCUAACAAUUAUCUGAAAAAAUUAAAGUAUUUACCAAGUUUAAAAUUUGGAUAUAAAAUCUUUACCUUGUGCUGAAUUUCAAGUAAACUUUUCUAGAAUAUGCUUGUCUGUCGUUGAUAUUCUAGAAAUGGAAAAUGGUGUAAUUAAAAUAAAAAGAAAUAGACCAAGUUAAAAAAGAAAUUAACAAGGUGCUUGCGCCUUUUAAGUAAACAUACAUAAAAUAAUUUAUACGAAAGAAAAAAAUAAUAACAUAGAGAAAAAAAUAAAAAAAUUGAAAAUUCCCAUAAAACACCUAUGACAUUUUAUAUUAUAGAA